GACUCGGUUCGUUGUCGCAUUUUGAACGCUUCUCGGAGGGAUUUGUUUCAGUGGAAUUCAACUUGAUAAAUGAGCGAUAUCUCGGCUUUUGAACCCGAAGCCUGAGCUUUUUUAGUAUGUUUUGGAGCUCCAUUUGAACAAUUAGGGGCAAGAGUAAAAAGAUGGCGGAAAAGGACCUUCAUUUCGGGGCGGAUUUUUUCCUCAUGAAAUUGUUGGAGAGGAAAACGAUGGUGGACAACAUUUGGAACGGAGUCAAAGUGCUUUGUAUUGGUCUGGCUUUGAUUUUGAGUGUGUACAGCCUUUAUUCAGGUUCGAAGGACAAGCCAGUAACCUUGGAGGACAUCAACCAAUUGAAGUCCGCCAUUCAGGAUGAUGAGAUUCGGGAAAACGUCCAACUGAAAAUGAUCAAAGCCUUGAACGCCAGUCUAAAGUCGGCCGAAGAGAGCCGGAAACGCAUGCAGGUGGUCACCAUGUUUGAUUGCUAUCGCACCACCCGAUUGAGUCGAGCCCAAGUGGUGUACUAUGAUGGUUGUUUCGUUGACACAACCCAGGGGGGCAUGAACAUCCUUACCGGGAUCUUCACCGUCAAGGACCCGGGCGUGUAUCAGUUGUCAUUUACGGCCAAAUAUGUCAGCAGUAGCAAGGGCCGUUUUGGAGCUUGGUCCGACAUCUACGUCAAUGAUACGGUGGUGGCGGAUUCUCAGAGGGAGUACAAUGGGAACGAAAUGAGCAGUUCCGAGUCGUCCACGCACACCGUGAUGGUGAUGUACCCCUUGGUUGUGGGAGAUCUCGUCAAGGUCCAGUUCAAUAAGGAUGGAUCGAGCUACAUUCACUCGGACCACGACCAUGAUGUUCAUUUCACUGGUCGGAGGAUCUCUGACUUGCCCAAUAAUCGCCGAUAAAAAGAUGGAGAAAAUAUAUAUUUUGAUAUCAAGCAGAA